AUGCAAACAAAUGUGGUCAGGUGCCGUACAAACGAACUUGCCUGGUGGGCGCAGACUUUGCGUAGUACGAAGCACUUCUUCGACAACCCGGAGUCACCUCGCUCACCAGAUAUAUGCUAUCCAGAUAAAAUUGGAUAUGCCGGCAUCAAGGUCCUCACUUCAACAGCUUCAACCUCUGGCGCAAGCAAUUCUCGUACCAGGGGACGCACACACACGCGCCUUGUUGUAGGACCUGACUGGAUCUUCGCAGCACUUUUUGAGGCCCAUGGCAGCAGCGACCUAGACGUCCACCGUGGUUGCCGUGAGACGGCUGCGCGUUUUUGCGCCGAGCAGUGUUACGGGGAGUUCCAGCGCGCCAAGCAGGAUGCUGUGCAAGCAGGACAUGGGGCAUCCACCAGCAACGUGUCCAACAUUUUGGCAGCGACGCUUAAGGCUCUGGACCGGCGCUUCCUGUCUGAUACUGAGAUAUCGCCACAGGACCGCUUAAUGUCAGGUUGCACCGCUGUGCUACUCCACGUCUCCCUGGGCGAGAACCCGACAGCGACCGCAGCGGCGCUGGGGCCCUGCGCUGCGGUAGUAGGCCAGCGGCGGGGCGGCCUGGCGAGCGCCACAAGCGCGCCCCUAGUGCUGUGCGGCGGGGCGGCAAGCAGUCUUGACGCCCUUCAAAGCUUUUUAUCUGCUCUUGGGGCUUCACAGCCGUGCCUGCCAGCUGGGAAGGCAGCCGCCAGCGGAGUAGCAGCCUCCCAGAAGGGGCGUAGCAAGGCCAGGGCCUCAACCUCAGGCGCCUCCAAGGACAUGUCGCAACAACUGACUGUGCUGGGGCCCUCCGGCGAGCCCGAGUACAGCCGCGAUUUGAAUGCGCCGCAAGCUCUGGGCUUUGGGAUCGGCAAGGGCAUGCGGCUGGCACCCACCGGCCGAGGCGCCGCUGCAGUUGCGAAACCGCAGGAGCCGCAGGUUGGGCUGGAGGUGCAGACGUCCUCCCACGCGCUCGGACCCGCUGACGACGGUGUGGUGCUGCUCAGCAGCGGUGCUGCGGCUGGCAUCACCCCCACAGACGUGGCACUACUUUUGCACCGGAUGGGUCGGCUGGCCGCCAUUCCCUACGAAACCAAGACGCGGCCACUGCCGCUUGAGGAGUCCCGCGGGCUAGUCGUGCAAUUGGACAGCUUGGGCGUGGCCGGCCCGCCACCGGCGCCAGCGCCAUACGUUACUGCGGCGGCGACGCAGAUUGCACCCUUCAACGCAGCGCGGCUUGUGGUGCAGCACGCGGUGGCCAAUGCUGCGGCACGGGGAGCGAACGCAUCAGGAGAGCCAGUCGGUGCCAUGGCAUUCGCCCUGGAGUGGCCGCGGAGCAGCGACGACUCGGCUGCUGCAGCGGCGGCCAGCGGGGCGUCGGUGUCCGCAGUCCGUGCUGCGGCGGAGGCUGCUGCCAAGGCCCGGCAGCGCGGACAGUACCGCUGGCAAUUGCUGCGGCUGUACUACAAAUUCCCGCACAAACGCCGUGUGGCGAUCAUCAACAAGUGGCACGAAGUUUUUGACCGCGUUGUAGGCGAGGGCAAGCGCACGGCAAAUCUCAAGGAGACGGCGGCCUGGCUGCGCUUGGGGGCUGCGGUCAAGGUCAGCGCCGCGGGCAACGUCCAGUGUCUUUCCUCCCGCGAGGACUGCGACUCCGGAGCAAUCCCCGUCUCUUCGUCUGAGCAUCAACAGCAGAUGCAGACGCCGCCGCGCCGAACGUCUCCGGCACCAUGGCAAAACCGGGUCACGGUGGGCGGUGGCCUGCCGCCGAACACAUCACCCUUGCGGGGCCCGGUUGGCCAGCGGUCGCAGAGUCGACAGCCGCUAUCCGCCGCUGGCUCGGCCGCCAGCCCAUAUGGUGCACUGACUUCCGGCAGCGCACGGCUGCGCUCGCCUUCACUUUCGCCCGGACACGCAGGCACACCGCGCUGCUCAUCCGCUCGAGACACCCUUGCCGCUGCAGCUGCAGUGGCCGCCGGCGCUGCUGCUGCUGCUGCCACAGCUGCCGAGGCUGCCGCCCAUGGUCCUACUGUAAAUCCAGCAGUGUGCGGUGUCCGCCCGUCUGCCGGGGGAGGCCGCGGUGCCAUGGUGGCAUCGUCGCCGUCGCGUCAGGGCCCCGUGGGGCUGCUGGAGGUGGAAGGAAUCAACAUGCAGUUCGCCUCGGAUCAAAAGCCACGUCGCAGAGAGCCCGCGAAGGAGGGAAGCACCAGUGGCUACGUGGCUUCGCCAAGCCCGCCUCUUGCCGGCUUGCCCCACACCUCCCCCUUCCAACAGUCCUUGGCGCGAGAAUUCGCUGCUGCAGCUGCUGCUGGAGUCUCAGGCCGUUCCUUGCUGGCAGAGCCGUCGAUUAUCCAAGUGGACCCAAGUGGCUCCAGCAGCGCCAGCACCACCGUGCUGGCCGCAGCAGCUGCUGCUGCCGCCGCAGCCGUGGCAAUGCCGCCCCCGGUCGGGGUCGCCCCUGCUAGCCCAGCGAAAUCCUCCACCCAACUGAGCUCUGGCAGCACCACCACUGCUGCUGCACCUUCGGCGGCCGCCCGUCGGCCAGCCCCACUCGUAAUUCCGACCCCGACGGCAGCCAACAUUGCCGCGCCCGUGUCCGCCCGCUCGCGUAUUCCCAACCCCAGCGCUGGCGGUGCUAGGACCUCCAGUCCCUCUGGUGGCGGCGGCAGCAGAGAGGGAUCCCCUCCCUCCACCAGCCGAUCCCGCACACCGCGCUCCCGCAUUCCCACCCUGCAGCUCAAAGUGGGGCCCCUAGGCGCGGCUGCCGCCGCCGCCGCUGCUAUGCAUCCCACGCCGCGCCUGUCCAUGCCUGGCUACGCACCGACGUACCUGCCCAUGGCUGCCGGUGCCAGCCAUGGCGGCCAUAGCGCAACACCUAAGACCGUUGCGUCAACCAGCCGCACCAACAACACUUGGGGCGGUGCCGCCCCAACUACCCCCUCCGGCACCAGUGCCGGCACCCCCACCGCGCCCAACUCCGCAAGGAGCAUCUUUACCCGGCUGCCACGGCCUGCCGCCACUCCAUCCGCCAGCGGAGCCACGCACUUUGCCUCGCCGGCCGGCAGCGUCUCUAGUCGCUCGUUCAUCCCUGGCAGCGACGCCGGCUCUUUCCACAGGUCCGGAAUAGCCCGGCCGCCGCGGCUGGAGGUGGCAUCGCCUAGCGUCAACGGGCCGCCGUCAGCAGCAUCGGCAGCGGCAGCAGUUGAUGUCACAGCCACCGCCACCACCCCCGGUGUCGAGGAGUCGGACCUGUUCUCCCCUGAUGCAGACCAACUGGCAGCAUGGGCCAUGGAGGCCAUAGAUGCCAUUGGCUCCUCAGUAAAGAAGAAGAAGCCGGUACCGCCGCCUGAGGAGCAGCGGCAGGAACCCAGCCCUGGCAGCUCCCGCAGCAAGCUGACGAGUCCGUGGAAUGCCCUUGGUGGCAGCAGCCGCUCCGGAGGCGGCGCCAGACCUCAUGCAGGGUCACGUAUCCCGCUCAGCCCAAGGUGA